AUGACGUCGAACACCCCGAGGGAAGACGCCAUCCGGACCAAGGUCACGGAUGCGUUGAACCCUUCGCGGCUGGAGAUCUUCAACGACUCGUCUAAGCACACCCACCACAAAGCCAUGGCCGGCAGCUCGUCGCAAGAAACACACUUCCGGUUGGUGAUCACGUCCGAAGCCUUCAAGGCCAAGAUGCAGCCCGCGCGGCACCGCCUCGUGUACCAACUGCUCAAGGACGAGAUGGCGGCCGAGGGCGGCAUACAUGCGUUGCAGCUCAAGACCAUGACGCCGGAUGAGGAGGCGCGGGCGAAGGAGAGGGAGGAGGGCGCUGCUGGGGCGAGUUGA